AUGCGCGCGCAUAUAUUCAGCAGCGCUUCGGACCACGACCAGUCAAUCCGUAAGUGCUCAGCGAUCGAACAGAACGCGAGGCGCACGCUCGGAGCGAAGCAUACACGAUACGAUCGCUUUUUACGCAAGAAACACAUCAAAGAAGAACUAAAGUUAAGGUUGUAAUCAGAACAGUUAGAGAACAGCAAAAUGGGUGACGGAAAAAUAGAAGAUAACCCCAAAAUAAUGUCGGGGCCGGUAUUGACGAACUCGCCGAACGCGGUGCUCUCCAAGACUCUGCUGAACCGGUACAAGGACCUGCCCCUGCCGGCCGACAAGAUCCUGGCCACCUACAUCUGGAUCGACGGCACGGGCGAGCACUUGCGGUGUAAGGACCGCACCUUGAACUUCAUACCGAAAGUAGCAAAAGAUUUGCCUAUUUGGAACUUCGAUGGCAGCUCAACUGGGCAGUCGGACGGGCACAACUCGGACACGUUCCUGGUGCCGCGCGCCCUGUACAAGGAUCCGUUCCGCCGCGGCAACCACGUGCUGGUUAUGUGUGACACCUUCAAGUACAACAUGGAACCCACGGAGACCAACCACCGCAUUCGAUGCCAGGAAGCGUCGGACAAAUGCAAAGACGAGGAACCGUGGUUUGGCAUCGAGCAGGAGUACAUCCUCCUAGACGCGGAUCUCAGGCCCUUCGGAUGGCCCCCUGGCGGCUGCCCUCCACCGCAGGGACCCUACUACUGCGGAGUUGGUGCCAAUAAAGUAUUUGCCAGAGAUCUCGUCGAUUCACAUUACCGAUGCUGCCUCUAUGCUGGCUUACCUAUCUCUGGCACUAACGCUGAGGUGAUGCCCUCUCAGUGGGAGUUCCAAGUGGGCCCAUCUGUGGGCGUGAGCGCUGCCGACGACCUGUGGGUAGCGCGCUACAUCCUGCACCGGUUAGCCGAGGAGUACGGCGUCAUCGUCACCUUCGACCCCAAGCCUGUGCAAGACUGGAACGGUUCAGGAGCACAUACCAACUUCUCUACUAAAAAGAUGAGAGAAGAGAACGGCAUUAUCGAAAUCGAGAAGGCGAUUGACAAGCUGUCCAAAGUACACAUGAAGCAUAUUAAGGUGUACGAUCCCCGCGGAGGCAAGGAUAACGAGAGAAGGUUGACCGGUCUCCACGAAACCGCCAGUAUUAACGACUUUAGCGCAGGCGUAGCUAGCCGCGGCAGCAGCAUCCGGAUACCGCGCGCGGUCGCGGAGGAGAAGAAAGGCUACCUGGAGGACCGGCGGCCGGCCUCCAACUGCGACCCCUACUCCGUCGUGGACGCCCUCAUGCGCACCUGCAUCCUCAACGAAUAACAGCGGGGCGCGGACGAGCGCCCGCCCGCCGCCACCUCACUCGAACACUCCAUGUGCCUAUAAACACACUCAGCGAUAAAACCUUCGCUAUGUAACCGUGGGGAUGCGUACGGGCAACCUCAGUAGCUGUAUUGUUACUGUCUUCAAGUAAUCUCAUUCUACUUAUGUGAGCGCACCGACGUGAUAGGUAGUCCCGACGGCCACAUGUAGUAAUUUAAGUCAGUAUUUAAUACCUUUUUGCACGUAAGCAGAAUUUACACAAAUUAGGAUUGGUUAAUGUUAUUUUACCUUUUGCAGCUGUUGCUAAUAUUGAACACUGCCGGUUUUUAUAGAUUUUUUGGAAUCAUGCUGUUAUGGAAUUGAUAAUAAUGAUAAUACACUGAAUGUAGUUAAAUAAUAACACUUGUGGCUAUUAACAUAGGGAGACAAUUAAUGUCAUAAACACUGAGUUCUGGGCAUGGCGGUGGAGCGAUAGUGGUAGAGCGUUUUAUGGACCACAUUUUAAUGAAAGAUAUUAUACAUUUUAUUAAAUAAAAUAUUUUUACGAAUAUUAUGUGAUAUUUCACAUUAAUUGUUAUUUUGAUGUUUAAUAGUUUAAUUAUAUACAAAUAACCACAUAUCAUUAUUUCUAACAUAUUCAUUUACAUGGAGGCAUUAUAGAUAUUAUGCGAGUUAGUUGAAUGCAAGCUAACAAGCCACGUCUCGAAUGGCAACGUCAGUUAGGAUUGGUUGCACCAAACCGUCUGUCACCGUUAAAGGGUUCGCUAAAUACUUUUGUAUGGGAAAUUUCAUACUUCACUUAUGUUUGACGUUUAUCAGUCUAUUAAAUAUGGUUGGUGCAACUGGGCCUUAGUCGACGACUAAAUAGCUUACGUCAUCCGUUUUGUAUCGAGUGCCGAGUGCCACCCAUUGGACACCUUUUAAUUCAGUUAUCUCACUUAUCAACCUUUAUUACCUACUGCUUAUCUCAUCAAUACAUAAAUAUAAAUAGGUAAUAUCUCAAUAUAGCAUAUAGCUAAUGUAAUUUUGCGUUUGCAGUAAUAUGAGUCUUGAAUCCACUCUCACGGGUAACGAUAUACAAAUUUUGACAAAGUGAUUACUAAUAUUAAAAUUAUAUAAUAGGACACCAAUAAUUAAAUAAUUGUAGAACAUUAUUAGUACAUAUUUACUUAUGAGAGCACAAAAUAGAUUCUUGUGAUAAAUUUAGCGGUUUAGAAUUGUUAGUUUUAAUUUUUAAUAGUAAAUAUUAUUAAUUAAUUUUAUUACAGCAUGCGCAUAUUGAAAUAUUUUAUAUAGCAUGAAACGAGUAAUGUCACGAAAUAUAUUUAGAGUUAUGAAUAUUUCAAUCAUUAACAUUAUAAUUUAUGAAUGAGAUGUUAGGUAGGUAUGAAAAAUAAAUUAUACUUUGUUGUAUAA